AUGGGUAUGAAUGAGCUGAGCAGGCUGAAGAAGCUGUAUCAGAUAGAGGAAAGCAGGUUUGCAGAAAGGUUGAAAAGGCACGAGGACUUUGGGCACAUGAUGGACUCGUAUCAGUUUUGCCUUGAGGGGAUACUGCUGAAGAGAGAAGAGAUGUUCUACAAGUACGAUGUGUGUGGCACACGAAUUAUGGACUAUGGCAUGGAGAGUGUGCUGGGAUUUGACCACGAGUUCAUAAACAAGAAUGUUGGCGAAGUCAACUGGGGAGGAGGGAAUAAAGAGAAGCCGUGCAAUCAAAGUGAUAGUUGCGAAGGCCAAGGCAAGGAGGAGCAGAUCGAUGGCUACCAAAAGAUUACAAUAAAUGAAGAACAAGAAGACGGAAGAGCCAAAAUAAUUGUAGAAGGAAGCGAGCACAAGCCAAAAGUGACUAAAGAUAAACGAACAAAGGGAGUUAGAAUAUAUGCAUGCGACAUCGAUGGAUGCAACAAGAAGUACACAUCAUCGUUUGGAUUGAAGUAUCAUAUGAAGGAAGGCCAUUCCGAGGAGAAGAUGAACAUAAUCAAACCGUUUAGCUGUCCAUUCAGCGGAUGCGAUAAGAAGUACAAGAACAACAAUGGUCUUAAGUAUCAUAUAAAGCACUAUCAUGAUGUUUCAUGA